AUGUGUCUUCCACAUACUAACAAUCUCUGUCCAGCCUCGAAGGAAGACUCCUUUUCGCCGUCCCUAAAAGCAAGUAGCCCGCCAGGACUCACCCCACCACUCUUUCGCAACUUGCCCCAUUUGCCCUCCUACACCAAACCUGUCAGGAGGAAACAUGAACUCCAGCUAAUACGCAUAUCUCUGAAAACAGAGGGUCGGCUCCAACAGGCAACCUUGGACCUCCUUGCCGGCGUUGACAUUCAAUUCCGUCGCGAAACCCGCCUCGAUAUCGCCCUUGUGAAGAACCUCCCCAUUGCCCUCAUCUUCCUCCCCGCCGCAGAUAUUCCCACCUUCGUCGGCGAAGGUCGCGUCGACCUCGGUAUUACCGGUCGUGACCAAGUCGCUGAGCACGAUGCGCAGCUGGCGAACGGCGAGAUAUCUGGCGUUGAGGAGAUCAUGGACCUUGGUUUCGGAGGCUGCAAGCUGCAGGUGCAGGUUCCGGAGAAGGGUGACAUCACCGAGGCGAAGCAAUUGGUUGGCCGCAACGUGGUUACCAGCUUCACGGCCCUCACCGAGGCCUUCUUCGCUAAGCUUGAGGGCGUUGACGAUACCAGCAAGCUCUCUACCAAGAUCAAGUAUGUCGGUGGCAGUGUUGAGGCUGCUUGCGCAUUGGGUGUCGCUGAUGGAAUUGUCGACCUUGUUGAAUCUGGUGAAACCAUGAAGGCUGCUGGUCUCAAGGCCAUCGAUACCGUUGUCGAGAGUACCUCUGUUCUCGUCAAGUCCCGGAAGGCCCAGAGCCCUCUUGUCGAACUCAUCACCUCUCGUAUCCGUGGUGUCAUCACCGCACAGAAAUACGUCCUGUGCCAGUACAACAUUCCUCGCUCUGAACUCGCCACUGCCUCCAGCAUCACCCCAGGAAAGCGUGCCCCGACCGUGACCGCCCUCGAGGCUGACGGCUGGGUAGCCGUCAGCUCGAUGGUCGAGAAGAAGAAGAUCGCCACCGUGAUGGACGAGCUGACCAAGGUCGGUGCGACAGACAUCCUAGUCCUGACCAUUGCCAACUCCCGGACGGGUUAGAGGAGGGUUUUUUCAAAAUUUAUCAUGUCCUGUCAUGCCUUGUUUUUUCUUCGUUUCAUUUUGGCAUAAGGCGUGUUUCAUAUUAUACAAUUUCGGUUUUUUGUUUCUUUAAAAAGGGGUUCUAUCUAUUUCCUUUCUUUUGCUU